AUGGCGCAGGACUCACCAGACAAUGCGGACGCGUCGGCGGCGGCGCCCAAGAAGGACGGCCAGAAGGUGUACCUCUGGUCCCGGUCAACCCAGGGCCAUGUCGGAGAGGGAGCGCCGGGCUCGGAGACGACGACGACGACCGCAGCCGGAACCGGAGCCGCACCGAUAACACCCGAGCAGCAGCAACCAAAGAAGCUGGACCCAACCAAGUUCCAGGCCAAUUUUCCGCCGCAGGAGGGCGGCGCCCAGCAAGGUUACCCGAGCAUCACCGAGGCCGUCAAGUCCAUCAAGUCGGACGACUUCCUCAACGUUGUGCAGACGCCCUGCGCACGGGACGGCUUCCUUACCGGCAUCGCCAGCGGUGCCGGCGUCGGAGGUCUACGAUAUGUCAUGAGGGGUUCACCCAUCAAGGCGGCAAAUUGGGCCGUCGGAAGUUUCCUCAUAGGCUGCAUUGGACAAUUCGAGUACUGCCAGUACCUCCGGCGCCAGGAGCGCCACAGGAUGAAGAGGACGGUUGAGGUCUACCAGGAGACCAUGUUGGAAAAGAGGCGCCGCGAGCUGGAUCAACUCAAGCAGAAGCAGGAGGCCGAAGAGGCGGCCAAGGCGGUGAGCCAGAAAGCCUGGUACAAAUUCUGGUAA